CAAUAUUUACGGUAAAGGAAAGUUUCAGGAAGUAGAGAAACUCAAUGUUCUUCUGCUUUCAAAACAUAAUCAUAAACAUUUACUGAAUAACUUACGAAAGAAAUCCGUAGAUGUGUAAAGAUCGCAGGAAUCCUCUGUUUUGAGAAGUGUUUUGGAGUAGAUCAGAUCAAAUCUGACAGCAGCAGGUUUUGAGGGGCCAUCAUGAGCCGUCCGCCCUCCAUGCAGCCGCAGAUGUGUGGCCCCUGGGAACUGAAAGAGCGACUGGGAACCGGAGGCUUCGGGAAUGUCACUCUCUGGCAAAAUAAGGAGAGCAGCGUUCAGAUUGCCAUCAAACAGUGUCGGCAGGAGCUCAGCGUCAAGAACAAGGGCAGAUGGAGUUUAGAGAUUCAGAUCAUGAAGAGGUUGAAUCACAUGAAUGUGGUGGCGGCGAGAGACGUUCCAGAAGAACUCCAGAAACUGGCCACAAAUGACCUGCCAUUGCUGGCCAUGGAGUACUGCCAGGGAGGAGACCUACGCAAGUAUCUGAACCUGCUUGAGAACUGCUGUGGCAUGAGAGAAGCUGCUGUGCUGACACUGAUUCAAGAUAUAUCCUCGGCGCUGACGUACCUCCAUGGGAUGAGAAUUAUUCACAGAGACCUCAAACCAGAAAAUAUCGUCCUUCAACAGGGUGAAAAAAGGUUGGUCCACAAGAUCAUAGAUCUGGGUUACGCUAAAGAGCUGGACCAGAGCAGCCUGUGCACAUCGUUUGUUGGGACGCUGCAGUAUUUGGCCCCUGAGCUGUUAGAACAGCAGAAGUACACCGUGGCGGUGGAUUAUUGGAGUUUCGGGACGCUGGUUUUUGAGUGUAUCACAGGAUUCAGGCCUUUUCUACCAAACUGGCAACCCGUGCAAUGGCACAGCAAGCUGUUGAAGAAACAGGUGGAUGACAUUGUGGUUUACGAGGAUCUGACGGGAGAAGUUCGAUUUUCCAAACACCUGCCGAACCCUCACAACCUCAACAAACUGUUAGCUGGUAAGCUGGAGAGUUGGCUACAAAUGAUGCUGAGAUGGUCACCAAAAGAGCGAGGCAAAGAUUUAAGACAGCAGAGCAAAGACAGUCAAGAGGGGGUCAAAGAUCCGGAGGAGGACAGUAAAGAAACCAGUCCAGAGGGUGGAAAAGACUCUCCGAAAAGUUCCUGUUUCUGCUUUGAUGAAUUACGCCGUAUUCUGAAUCUAAAGCUGGUCCACGUACUCAACAUGACCUCUGCUGAAAUAUUCACCUACUCCGUGCAGCAGCAGGAAGACGUGGCGUCCCUGCAGGAGCGAAUCGCACAGGAUGCUCGCAUUCCUCCGGCCAAUCAGGAGCUGCUGCUGGAGGCGGGACUUGCCCUUGAGCCGCAUAACAGCGUCAUGCAGUGUGCAAUCGAUUAUAGCUUGAUGGACGCUCGGCGCACAGAUGAGCCGCUUGUUUUCCUGUUUGACCGUUCGUGCUGCAGCUACGAGCCUCAGUUUACGCCACGUGUCCUACCUGAGAAUGUUCGAUUCGUCCAGAAUGAGCCCAAACGCUCGCUGCCCUACAGCUCCCAGAGACGCACGUGGGGUCAAGCGUGGCACACCAUCCGCGCGCUGAAGGAAGACUGGCAGAGGCUGCAGCAAGGCCAGAAAGUCGCCAUCAUGAGUCUCCUCAGACAUAACGGCACAUUGUCGAAGCAGAAGAACGAGAUGGUGUCGAUGCACCAGAGGCUAAAAGCCACGCUGGAGUUUUUCAGCACUAGUCUGCACAUCGACAUUGACAAAUACCAGGAGCAGAGAGCAACGGGGAUCGCUUCUGAAAAAUUAUUGAGUGUCUGGAGAGAAAUGGAGCAAACUGCCCUCGACUGUGGACAGACGGAAGACGUAAUUAAACUGGAGGAGGAGAUGAUGACCCUUCAAACUGAUAUCGUUGAACUCCAGAGACAGCCGUGGAGGAGUGGAGAGGCUUUAGAGACCCUUGAAGUGAAGGCAAUGGAGCUCUUCCGUAAGCUGAGAGAGAAACCCAGAGAGCAGCGCAGUAAUGGCGACUGUCAGGAAGUGAUCAAACUGGUGGUUCAAGCCAUACAGUUCUACGAGAGGAAGUUACGGGACUUUUACACACACCUGAGUAAGACGAUGGUGUGCCGUCAGAGAGUGCUGGAGCUGCUGCCGCGUGUGGAGGGGAUGGUGAGUGCGAUGGCCCGGAGCGAGAAUCGACUGCUGCACCUGCAGGAGAAGAGACAGAAGGAGCUGUGGAACCUGCUUAAAGUAGCCUGUAGUAAGGUUCGUAGUCCUGUGAGUGGCAGUCCAGAUGGAGGACGGACUCCACCGGCCCCCGGACACCCGCUGAUGUCUCACAGGCCGUCACAUCCCAGCAACUCGUCCGACAUACCGCAGACAGACGAGUCUCAGCUUGUGAUUGAGGAGAGCAAGAUGUUUGAGAACCGCCUGCAGAGUUUAGUGCAAGACACCAUUCAGGAAACAGAGACCAGCAUGCAGAUACUGAGAGAGUGGAAGUGGCUGAAUGGAGGGCAGGAUCUGGCUUGAUGUCACGGUUACCUGCCAGUCAAACGGCUCAUUACCUCAAAAGCAAACAGAAAUGAUGCUGUACCGCCACCAACUGGAGGAAACGCGAUACUGCAGGCAGUGUGUGCUGGCCAAUUAACAACUGUGAAAUCACACUGGAUGCCUUUCUUACUUUUAAUAGGGUUAUAAACCCUUAAAAACAGUUUUUAAAAAUGUAUUUCUUAAUCAAAGUUUCUUGUAUCAAAAUACUUGACUAUUUUCCAGCCUAUGCAAACGCCUCUUCACAUGUGCCCAUUGAAUUGUGUACUGUGAAUAUUAUUGGCUCUAUGACAUAUUGUUUGUGCUGUUCCUCAUUUGUAAGUCGCUUUGGAUAAAAGUUUGUACUAAAUGAGUAAAUGUAAACAUAAAUCUGCCCUAGUUCGUCAUUACCUCACUGUGACUAGAUGGACUGAUCACUCAUGUAGGUGUCAAUGAUGUUUAAAUAUGGACGUUUGUUAUUGUGUUCAUGAAGAUAAACUUGUCCAGAUGAGUGUGUGAACUCAAGCCCUGGGUAUACUUUUUUUCGUUUUUUUUUACGCGUACGCUAGUGUACGCGCACUGUCGAACGCACAGCUUUGGAAAGCAUACGUCGUUCGACUUGUACGCGUACGCAGGCGUUCGACGCAUGCGCAGUUUCGAGCAAUCUCGCAACGAGUUGCAACCCAUGUACACAUCUUUGUAUUCUUUCAUGCUAGAGUUGUACAAAUGAAGGUACUUUCUAACCCCGUCGCACACUCUUUCAUCUAUGUAGGCCUCCAUUGUCGCUGUUUAUUCUGUUUAUGCAGUUUUUCUUUGACUACCUUCUGAAUCGACGCCUCCAGGGCACGGUUGCCACCUUGUGGAUAAACUAAUUGCUGCAAAAAAAAAAAAAAAAAAAAAAAUUGAAUUAAAUGCGCAUGUGCGACCUGCGCGUACAAGUAAAAAUCCGGCGGGUACUCUUCUUUCUACAAAAACGCGCGUACUCUUCUGAUGACGAAAUUCGCGUCACGCACUGUAUGCUGACCCUCGCGUACGCGUAAAAAGUGAACGAUACUUUGGGCUUUAUGAAAUAUGCAAAGUACAUCUUCAGUUGAGGAAGUUAUUUUUAUAUGCUGACAAAAACAAUUGUAAUAUUUUGUAUUGUUUUUUAUUUUAAAGUAAUUGUUUUUUCAUUUUUAUUUGUUUAUAUAGUUUUUAUUAAUUUCAAUUUUAGUUUAUUUUAGUACAUCAAGUUAAACUAAAUGAAAAUCAUAAAUGUAGCUGAAAUAAAAUGUUUAUAUUUUUUUAUUUUAUUUUAUUUCAGUUAGUUUAUUGUAUGAUUUUGGUUUUAGUUUACUAUGCUAACCCUGGUGUACAGUUUUUUUUACACACACAAAAAAAAUAAAUAAAAUAAAAUGAUGUAUCCAAGCA